CUGAGUCUUCAAAGAUAGAUGUUUGCCAGUCAGAGAGCUGAGGGAAGGUUUCGGGAAAUGCACUUCCUGGCUUGCUACCUGCACUCUUACCAUGCAAGUGGAGUUGGGAGACCCAUUCAGAACUCCAGCCCUGCCUCUGUGCCUUCCCUAGCUAUUGGAAGCAGCUGAGGAUGGGGUGCCCCAAGGGGUCUAUCUUUGCUCUGUCCCACACUGGUAAACUCUGACAGUCUUUCUAAUCUUAGUUCUCUAAUCUCUCUUCUCUUUUCCAGAAUGGACAGGCCUCAGGGGAAGAAGCUGGACUUCAGCUAUCCAAGGAUGAGGGCGUCCUCAAGGAGAUCUCCAUCACGCACCAUGUCAAGGCUGGCUCUGAGAAGGCCGACCCAUCCCAUUUUGAGCUGCUCAAGGUUCUGGGCCAGGGAUCCUUUGGAAAAGUCUUCCUGGUGCGGAAGGUCACCCGGCCUGAUAGUGGGCACCUGUAUGCCAUGAAGGUACUAAAGAAGGCAACACUGAAAGUGCGUGACCGCGUUCGGACCAAGAUGGAGAGAGACAUCCUGGCUGAUGUAAACCACCCAUUUGUGGUGAAGCUGCACUAUGCCUUCCAGACUGAGGGCAAGCUCUAUCUUAUUCUGGACUUCCUGCGUGGCGGGGACCUCUUCACACGGCUCUCCAAAGAGGUUAUGUUCACGGAGGAGGACGUGAAGUUUUACCUGGCUGAGCUCGCCCUGGGCCUGGACCACCUGCACAGCCUGGGCAUCAUUUACAGAGACCUCAAGCCUGAGAACAUCCUUCUCGAUGAGGAGGGCCACAUCAAACUCACUGACUUCGGCUUGAGCAAGGAAGCCAUUGACCAUGAGAAGAAGGCCUAUUCCUUCUGUGGGACGGUGGAGUACAUGGCCCCUGAGGUCGUCAACCGCCAGGGCCACACCCACAGUGCAGAUUGGUGGUCCUAUGGGGUGUUGAUGUUUGAGAUGCUGACAGGCUCCCUGCCCUUCCAGGGGAAGGACCGGAAGGAGACCAUGACACUGAUUCUGAAGGCGAAGCUAGGCAUGCCCCAGUUUCUGAGCACGGAAGCCCAGAGCCUCCUGCGGGCCCUGUUCAAGCGGAAUCCUGCCAACCGGCUCGGCUCCGGCCCUGAUGGGGCAGAGGAAAUCAAGCGACAUGUCUUCUACUCCACCAUCGACUGGAAUAAGCUGUACCGUCGUGAAAUCAAGCCACCCUUCAAGCCGGCCGUGGCACAACCCGAUGACACCUUGUACUUUGACACUGAGUUCACAUCCCGUACACCAAAGGACUCCCCGGGCAUUCCCCCCAGUGCUGGCGCCCAUCAGCUGUUCCGUGGCUUCAGCUUCGUGGCUACUGGCCUGAUGGAGGAUGACGGCAAGACGCGGGCCACCCAGGCGCCACUGCACUCAGUGGUACAGCAACUGCAUGGGAAGAACCUGGUUUUUAGUGACGGCUACGUGGUGAAGGAGACAAUUGGUGUGGGCUCCUACUCCGUGUGCAAGCGCUGUGUCCACAAGGCCACCAACAUGGAGUAUGCUGUCAAGGUCAUUGACAAGAGCAAGCGGGAUCCCUCGGAAGAAAUUGAGAUUCUUCUGCGGUAUGGGCAGCACCCCAAUAUCAUCACUCUAAAAGAUGUGUAUGAUGACGGCAAACACGUGUACCUGGUGACAGAGCUGAUGCGGGGUGGGGAGCUGCUGGACAAGAUCCUACGGCAGAAAUUCUUCUCGGAGCGGGAGGCCAGCUUCGUCCUGCACACAAUCAGCAAAACCGUGGAGUAUCUGCACUCCCAGGGGGUUGUACAUAGGGACCUCAAACCCAGCAAUAUCCUCUAUGUGGACGAGUCUGGGAACCCCGAGUGCCUGCGCAUCUGUGACUUUGGCUUCGCCAAGCAGCUGCGGGCUGAGAAUGGGCUCCUCAUGACACCUUGCUACACUGCCAACUUCGUGGCACCUGAGGUGCUGAAGCGCCAGGGCUACGAUGAAGGCUGUGACAUCUGGAGCCUGGGCAUUCUGCUGUAUACCAUGCUGGCGGGAUACACUCCAUUUGCCAACGGACCCAAUGACACACCAGAGGAAAUCCUGACCCGGAUAGGCAGUGGGAAGUUCACCCUCAGUGGAGGAAAUUGGAACACAGUUUCAGAGACAGCCAAGGACCUGGUAUCCAAGAUGCUGCACGUGGACCCCCACCAGCGCCUCACAGCUAAGCAGGUCCUGCAGCACCCAUGGAUUACUCAGAAAGACAAGCUUCCUCAGAGCCAGCUAUCCCACCAGGACCUACAACUAGUGAAGGGAGCCAUGGCAGCUACAUACUCUGCACUCAACAGCUCCAAGCCCACCCCUCAGCUGAAGCCCAUCGAGUCAUCUAUCCUCGCACAGCGGCGGGUGAGGAAGCUGCCGUCCACCACCCUGUGAGGGGCCAGGGCAUCCAGGCUGCAGGGCGGUGCGAGCUCAGUGGAGGCGGCAUACUUCCCGGAGAGAGCGGCCUGAGUCACAGGGCCAGAGGAAGCAGAGCCCUGAGGGGCCCAGGAAGCAGCCGGCCCAGACCACCCCAGCGAGGGUGUGAGAAGUGCCUUCUCCUUCCCAAGGACAGACUCUUCUCGGCUCAGGCUCUGCUGGUUGAAAUCGAUUCACUGUACAAACUCUUUAUCUUUUUUUAAGGAAAAAUGACAUCAACCACCAUGGAUUUUUAUAAGAUCCAUUUGCCUUUCUCAGAGUGGAAAUAGCCAGUGCAGCCCCAGGAGGAACACUGAGUCACACUAGGGCUCACUGCGGUUGAGACUCCUUAGAGCAAUUUUGCGGUCCUGCCCUGGAGACCCCACAAUUGGCCUUCUGUAGCCAUCUGUACCCACCUCCGAGGCAGUCCAGCAUCAACUUCCAGAGCCCUUGGCUAUUUAUCAGAACUUGCUCUAUCCUUGGUCAGCUCAUUUUCCAUACUGUUCUGCUGGGGGGUCUGGAACCACUUCCUGCUAGAGAAGACCAAGGCCCUGUGGCUCCCAGUUCCAGGCACCAGCAUCCACAUCAGCCCUUCCAGUGGGUCCCCUGCAGUUAGGUUGGGUUGCUCCCAGAGGAGGAUCCAGAAUGCACUUUUUGACUGAAUUCUAGUGGAAUCUGCCACAGGACAGAGUACACAGGAGGCCUGUGGGGUGGGCCAGGGGGGCAGGGGCUUUUUUUCAUUUCUUCCUCAGCUGGUAACUCAGGGUUCAUCUGUCCAUGGCCUUUCUAAUAAACUUACAGUUGAAUUGAAA